GACCUGACAGUCUGGCUGAGUUGUCUAGUGUGUGCGUUCAGACGAUUAAAGGUGAAAAAUCGUUUGAAAUUGUCCUGAUAUCUGUGGUCAUAUUUAAAAACCCUUCAGUGUGUGGACGGCUGUAGGAAACAGGGCUCAAUGUCGCCCUCUCUAGUCACGUAGCCUGGUUUCAUUUCUGCUGAAAUGAUACCAACACUGUAUAAAAGCCUUCCCAGUGAUAAACCCAACCAGAGAAGAAAAGACAUGGACCCGUUUACAGCUGGGGCUGCUAUAGCAGGAGGAGCUGCUGCUGUGUUUGCAGCUCCUGCUGUUCUGGGAGCAGCAGGGUUCACAUCAGCUGGGAUUGCUGCAGGUUCACUGGGGGCUAAAAUGAUGUCAGCUGCUGCUGUUGCUAACGGAGGAGGUGUGGCAGCAGGAGGUGUGGUGGCUGUUCUGCAGUCAACAGGAGCAGCCGGCCUGUCCGGAGCUGCCUCUGCAGCUGUGGCCAGCGUUGGAGGAGCCUUGGGCUGGCUGGCAAGCUCCAUCUUCUGAGAAUAUGAAAGCUACAAGACUCAUCUGCAGCGCUUCUACUUUAUUUCAUUAUACUUUUAUUCUAUUCAAAUGAAGUUCACUUAACAACCAAACAGUCCUUUUCUAAUGUUAGACAGCAAAACACUUUGUGCUGCAUGCUAAACCAGCAAAGGAUUGACUGUCUUUCAGUCAGCUGUUCUUGUUUAGAAAUGCUGUAACACAGGUGAUGUUUUACCUGCUGGCAGUGCUGCUAAAUCUGCUUUAAUUCAUUUUACCAGCCAAAAGAAGUGUGAUGUGAAAUGUUUCCCUCGCUACAGGACAAUUAAAAAAAAAUCAAAUUAAUCUUUGUAUGAGAACCAUGAGUGCUGAAUAAAAGUCUGUUACUUGGUGAUGUA